CCGAUGUUUUCUUUUUCCCCCACUCUGUUUUUCUAUGUCAAAAAAAGCAAACAUGAAAAGCAGGUGGGGGGAAACUGAGCUUUGGUUGGAACUCAAGCUUGGAGGAUAUGAGCAUCCGAGGCAUUUAUUUUCCCUGAUUUUUCUGCAUUGGCUUAAACCUUUGCAAUGGUUUCAUUUGCUGGCCAAUUUUUCUUCUUUUUUCUAACACCGUACGGCCAUGCUGCCACAUUUUAAUCAUAUUGACUGGGUUUUCAAAACAAUUAGGCACACCAAACAACACAGCCGCGACACACGCCGCAUUAUAUUCGCAGAUGCCCGUCUCUGGGGAUUACACCCAGCCAAAUUAUCAUCAACCACAUCCGUCCAUGCAGCGGCAUCAGCAGCAUCAAACACAACCCCAACUACAACCAUUGCACACAUACAGUGUGUCACCUGGGGCCACACCACCGCAGAGGGUCGCAUCAGACAAACUACACGAAUCAGAUAAUGUUGAAGAGGAGCUGUACCUGAGACGUGUUUCUGUUCUCUACCAUGAGCUGUGGAACGGCGACUGGAUCGACAGACAGCUAUUUGGCAGUGGACCGUUGUCUCUUGGUAUCGACGCUACAACUGGCUACAUUGGGACUGGGGAUUCGUUUCUUGGAGAGCUGGGGGCCACAACAACCACACAAACAAUCGGUAUUAUCGACACUAUCGACGCAGACACAACAAUGCCGCAGACCGCAGACAACAGCGCCAGCACGAGCAUUAAAGCUGUAGAUAAUGAACAGGAGCUGCCAUCAAAAGUAUCGACGGAUGCCCAAACAAUAGUCGGAACAACCGCUCAGUCUGCCAAUUGCCUCCCUCAAACGAGCUCUAGAAUCCCAAGCGGCGACAUCCAUGCAGAAAAGCAGCGCGUGCGUUUUCCGGAACUCCAGACCUCGUGGUGCUCGCUUGGCGACGAGACAUGUGCUGAGCAGGAUAGCCCUGUGCUGGCACCUAUCCGCGAUUCCGCGCCUGUCUCUAUAUUUUCCUCGUCGGAUUUGGUGGACGCCCUUGUAGGGACUGUCCACCGACUAGAGGACGAUAAGCAACUUUUGCAGCGCAAGAGGUGGAGCGUGAUAAAGGAGCUGGCAAUCACUGAAGCGCACUAUCUGCGUGACCUCCUGCUUUUGCGGGCUGUAUUUUAUGAGCCACUGGCCGGACCGUCGGGAAAUGGGCUGCUGCGCUCAGAGGACAUACGCGUUGUAUUUGGCAAUCUCGAUGAGGUGAUCGACUGCACGCGGUCGUUUAUUGAAUACCUGACAGUUGCGGUUGUGUACGAGGCAAACCGAUGCUGUGCCCUGAGCGAUGGCGAGAUCCAGAGCAGCGGCCCCAGUUACGAGUACGAGGACAAGCCAGAGAGGCGCUCGGCCAUGCAGAUGCAGUGGAACCCGCCCAAACACGCAGCAGGCCAUACUGAAUUGGCUCAUCCACCAGCAGGUUUUGGUACCAAAGCCAACGAAGUUGGGCUGAGGAGCAGCGCGUGGGCCGAAAUAUCCAUUGCGCAGGCGUUUUUGCUCACGUCUCAGCGGAUGGAACGUGUGUACUCCGAGUACUGCCACACAUUUGAAGCUGCGACCCAGAGGCUCGUUGAAAUUAAGCAUGUGGCCUCGACGGUCUCUAUCAAUGCCCUGAUGUCAAGCACCAUGCCGACGAUGCCAAUCACUACGUAUCACCAAGUACCACUGGUAAACUCGCCGUUCGCUGAACCGUCCAAGGGCUUGCGCCUGACGAACGGCGUUUUUCCUAAUUUUUCUGGCAGUGGUGCCAGCGCCAGAGGCAGCGGGAAUGUUGCCAACAGCGGCAUUGCUUCGGGAAACAGCAAUUUGAACGUUCAACUGGAGCGAUGGGACCCGGAGGAUGUGUACUCGGCCAUGGUCUAUCAGUUUUUGGUCGAACAGGCCCAGCUUCUGGCUGGGAAAACGACCAGCUGGGACCUGUCCUCGCUGCUUAUCAAGCCAGUUCAGCGAAUCCUUAAAUACCCGCUGCUCAUUCGGAGCCUGCUUAGUUUGACCAGGGUUCACACGUCCGACCAUGGCCAACUUGAGAAGGCGGCCCAGACGAUUGAGGGCAUUGCCGAGAACAUCAAUUCAGUCAACAGUACAGCUGGCUUGCGCAUCUCGACAGCGACCAGCGCGUCAGUAGGCUCAGCGCCCAAUGACGACAACCAGAACCGCAUUACGCGCGAGCUGCGUCGUGUGCUUCGCCGCCGGCCGGGAAAUCUCGGACAUCCGCAUUCAAAAUCAAUCCCAGACAACGUCACAUCGGCUCGGCAGCGCCUAACCAUGCGGCCGAAGAGCCGCAGUAAGGACUCUGCAGAGCCACCCAUGGGGGUAGGUGGAGUAAGCGGCAACACGUCUUCCAGCGUGGUUGAGACGCUGGUUGAGCAGCACGAGCUUCGCAUAUCCGAGCUUAUUCGCAGCCUGCGGCAGUGGGAGAGCAACCUGGGCUCAAUGCUGUCCCAACAGGUAGCACUAGCUGGGCGCUGGCGUGACUUCUACACCCUAUCGGCCAGGGACACUGGGAGCAUAACUGCAGCAGAAACGCAUUUUAAUAUCCUGUCGACAGAAGGUUGUGUUCAGUCCGGUGGUAAGCCGCUUGAUGCCGAUGGGAUGGUCUACCGAGAGUACAGUUUGCACCAGCAGCAGCCGACGCAGAAUGUACGUUACUCCUACACCGGGUGCCUGUAUAACGACCAGCUUGGGCCGCGGGCGAGCAAGUCAUACAACAUGCUACGCGCGCACUCGAGCUUUGUGGAAUUGGACAUCAACUUGCCGGAGACCACACCAGCAACUCAAACCCCGGAUAACUAUAACACUGCCAGCAGCAAUAUAUGUACCAGCAAAUCGGAAUGGCAAUCGCUCAAGAGGGGUCGUGUUGUUCAGUACCAUGCAGCCCUGGAGAAAGUAUACAAGUCCGUGUACCCCAGGCUGAUAUGCAAUGCGCUACUCUCUAAUAUCUACCCGGUGCUGAACUCCCUGCUUCAGGUGUACAGUGACGGACCGCGCAGAAUUCUAAGUGAAAUAACGCGGAUAUCCAAUUUGAGCGACCUGUAUCAACAUCCUUCUUCGGACUGCGGCGAGGAUCGGGUAGUCGUUCUUCACAAUGCGCUGGCCGCCGAUCUUCCAAAGCUCUUUGAGCAUGAGCGAACUAUUGUGCGCUUGUUGGCCGAGCGCAUAGUCACACUGAAGCACGAAUUUUACCUUGAGACAAGCGAUAUUUUGUCUGCUGCACGCGGCGACAUUGACUUUAAUAUUAGCCUCACAGAUAGCGUCCCUUUUGCCGACGUGACCAGCAGGAUUUCAAGCUUGGCAGAUCUUUCCACCCGUGCGCAGACACCCGGGCUUCUGACAUCCUUGAAGCAGUCCCCGGGAACCACGAGCCAUAGCGAGCGUAUGAAGGCCAUAUUCGAAAAGCAAAUUUACGAGCCAAUCGACCUUGGACUGGGCCAAAGCUUGCCUUCUGCUGCGGACCAUACUAGUCAAAUACAGUCUGGCAUAUGUCUGCUGGCGCAGGACGUCGGUAGCCGCAGCUCGGCUCACUAUCCGUUGAAAGACCGCUGGCGCGAGAGCACUGCAGAGUCCACGUUCAGCCUUGACUCGCUGUCCGACAGCAGCAUUGUCCUUAACGAAUGCCCAAAUGUGUCUAUGUUUGAGGCGACGCCCCCUGGUGUAGCUCGCGCAAAGCAAAUCCUGCCAGGGUACGGUGGCGGUAGCUACCCGACACUCUUAAUAUCUGCUAGCCGAAACGCCACUACGUUCCAGUCAGAAGGCAGCGACGCAUUGGAUAACGACGGCAUGUCAAGACCCCUGACGGCCAAGCCCCGUCGCAAAAAGUCAAGCGGCUUUAUCGACCGGAUUUCCAAUUUUAAACCAGGUCGAGCGGUGCGCACCCACUUGGGACUUUCCCAGACUAAUAGCCAGUUUACAGACAAAGAUUAUGGCAGCGCGGAUCAAGUCAAGUCGCGUGCGCAGCCUGGAUCGAAUAGUAUUGUUUCGGAGUAUAACGAAGGCCUGUUCAUUUCCAACAGUCAUCGCGUGAUGAGUGAUAUCGGUCUGUGUGGCAGAGAUGGUAAGGGGGGCUGGUCUAAUGACACUACAAAAUACGAGCCGCUGCCAUUGGUAAACCACACUCGGUUCAGCAAGGGCUUUGUUGACGAGACAUUUCGGUUUUUAACUUUGCGCCAGGACUCAGUGACUGGCACGAGUGACCCUAACGGCGUCUAUGCUGUAGAAGAAGGCGUCGACAUCUAAAUAUAUUUUUUAUGAAAUAUCAGCCCACCUUUUGUGUGGGCUGGAACUGUGUGGUAUACUUUUUCUUUAUGGUCUUGUGUAAAUUUCAACAAGCUGACUGUCAAUUGUUCUG